AUGAGUCAAUUAGAAUUAAGCUGCGUUUAAGGAGGUGUUAACCCCCUUUAUAAAUGUUUUGCCUUAGGCAAAGCUGUUAAGGAAGCUUGCUUUUAUGCUUGCUCCAAUAGCAUUAUUGUGAACAAUAUCAAUAAGGUUACUAAUUAUUUUACUUUAAGUGGACAUUCAGAUCGCGUUAACUUUGUAAAAACUAUAAAUAAUUUUUCUGAGCGUUAGCUUAUUGUUUCAGGAAGCAGUGAUUCCAAUUUAAUAAUUUGGGAAGGUAAACUUUCUAACCUAUUUAUCAAGGAAAAUUGGUCUAUUAAGCAUAAAUUUAAUCUCAAUCACUCUGUUUCAUUUGCCACUGUUUUAGAAUACUCUCCUAAUCUUGCAUAUGUCGUAGCUGGUAAUAUUAUGGGUGAUGUCUAUAUUAUAAAGAUAAGCGAUGAAUCUAAUCAAAGUUUAAUUAUGGAUAGCAUCACAUUUGGACAUCAUUUUACAUAAGAAUGCACUGCACUUAUCCGCCACAAUCCUAAUAAAGAUGAAUUUUUGAUAGCUUUAGGAGGUUUAGACUUCACUGUUCAUAUCUAUCACACUGAUUUAAAGAAAUAUACAGCUCCAGUAGAUGGUAAAAAUACUAUGGAAAGAGGUACUUUGUUUGAAUACAAAGUUAGUCUUAAAGGACAUGAAAAUGCAAUUACUGAUUUGUAGGUCUUAAAACAAAAAAAAGACACUCAUGAAGAAUGGAUUAUUGCCAGCUCUUCUAAAGAUACUUAUGUUCGUUUAUGGAGAUUUAGUGAGCUCUUAGAAGAUGAGACUAUUAAGUAAAUUUCUGAAUUCUAAAAUAAGCAAACUUAAAGAUUCGUUUUAGGCGAUAAGAAGUAUUUUAUCACUUUAGAAAGUGUUUUGAGCGGACACGGUGAAGCAGUAGUCUGUCUUGACUGGGGUUUGUACAAAGGAGAAACUGCACUUAUCUCUGCAUCAUUUGAUUUUAACAUUAUAUUAUGGACCAAGGAUAAAGACACAGAUAUUUGGUUAACCUCAUACAGAUUAGGUUAGGUAACAGGAAGCAAGUAUGCCUUUUUCCAAGCUACCUUUAAUGCUGAUUACACAUAGAUUUUUUCUUACACAUACACAGGUUCAUUUUACUUAUGGGAAUACAAUUAAGAAAAGGGAAUUUGGGAUUCUAAACCAACUGUUAGUGGCCACUUCAAUUAGGUAUUUGAUUUGGAUUGGAGCACUAAAGGAGAUUUCUUAGUAUCUUGUGGUUUAGAUUAAACAACAAGAAUUAUCACUUAAUCUUCUUAAACUCAAUCCUGGCAUGAAAUUUCUCGUGCAUAAAUUCACGGUUACGAUAUCAAUAGCAUUAAAUGCUAUCCUGUUUAACUUGAAAAUAAAAAUAUUUGUGACACUCUUAUUUGCGGAGCUGACGAAAAAGUUGUUAGAUUAUUUGAACCUCCUGCAGCUUUUGUGAAUGCAGUUAAUCAAAUGUCCAACACAGAUUUACAUUUAUACUUCUAAGACGAUAAUCAAGAAAAGAAAUAUUUGGAUUAAAAGCAGUUAGAAAAGGGUAUCUUUGAAUACCAAGUUUCCUAAGAAGGUGGUGCUCAAGUUCUCGGUCUUAUGAUUAAAGCUAUUAAACUUGAACCAGAUUUUGACCCUUCUAAAUACGUAGAUCCUGAAGAUGAAGGUGGUUUGAUUUCAGAUAAAAUUUAAUCUAUUGAAGAUAAAAAGAAAGAAGAAGAACUUUUUUCUUAGAAGCACGAUUUUACUCAACCUCCUAUUGAAGAUUACUUGAUAAAGCAUACCUUAUGGCCUGAAUUGAAUAAGUUAUAUGGACAUGGUUAUGAAUUAAAGUGUGUCAGCUGCAGCAAUGAUGGCAAAUUAAUUGCAAGUUGCUCAAAAUCUUAAACAAAAGAAAAUGCAUGUGUGAUUUUCUGGAAUCCUACUAACUAUUAAAUUUAUUCCAAGUUAGAAUAUCACAAUUUCACUAUUAACCAGAUGGAAUUCUCACCCAGUGAUGAAUACUUUGCAACUGUUUCCAAAGAUAGAUCUUUAGCAUUAUUUAAAAAGAAUUAUCUUGACGAAGCUAAAAAGGAAUUAAACUUCAAAGAACCUUACGCUCUAUACUAUAAUGAUAAAUCCCAUACAAGAAUUAUUUAUAGCGCAGCUUUCUCACAUGAUGAGAAAUUUAUUGCCACAGGUGCAAGAGAUAAGAGAAUCAAAAUUCACUCAAUAUUAGAUAAAAAGGUUAUAUUUAAUAAAGUAUUAAGUAGCACUAUUACUGCAUUAGCAUUUGCUCCUAUAUCAUAUAAAAAUGAAAACUCAUACCUUAUUAUUGUUGGCUACGAAGAAGGAGGAAUGGAAUUAUAUGAAUUCGAAAGUAACACUAAUCAACUCAAUCUGAUUGAUAAGCCACACGAGUUUAUCGGACAUACAAAUACAAUCAGUAGGAUUAAAUUCAGAAAGAAUUAUAAGCCUAACAUUAACAGCAAAAUUCUUCAAUUUGCUACUUGUUCACUUGAUCACACAGUCCGUGUUUUCAAUUUCAAGAUUAAUUGA